UGGUAUAACGCACAGUGAGUCAGCUGUUUGUUCUUUCGCCCUAAGGAAAACAAACCUCAGCAUAGUGUUAAGAUUUAAUUUGACAUCAAUACUACCCAAGAAAUAUGAUUUAAAUCUGAGCAUGAACGUGUUUGGUAACCAGAAUAAUGUUUUCGCGAGUGUUUCAGCUGUUAUAACACGAGAGUUUUAUUAUGUCGAAGCGGAGUAAUCAACGGUGAGAAAUAUCUCGAUUCCUCUUCUUCGCCAAAAAGUAGCCGAAUUUCACAACACAAAGAUCUACUGCACUGGGGACAACAAAGGAACUGAAACUUCAGUGCGCAAGUGGUGAUAUGCUAUGAAUUUCUAGUCUUCGUUUCAAUAACUGGGUCGACAUCAUGGACACCACUAGCGCAGAGCCGCCCCCGCAGCUCAAGCAGUUAUCCACAUUGUCGUCAGCAGUUCACAUCAUGGCUCCGAGAAUUUGGUCAUCCUCAGAAGAGGAGGGGGCGUAUAUCUAGGGGGAUAUUUUCAUGUGGUAAGGAAACACAAAAUCAACUGCAGACACAAUGGCAUUUAAUGGGGGGCAGCUCCCACAGAUGGUGGUGGAUUGUGAAAUGGAAUGGGACCCAGUAGGUGAGUACACCACAGUGUUUACCACUGCAGAGAACGAGAUUUGGGGUGAAGUAGAUUACCUCCUCGACACAAUCGAGAGGGAGAAGGAGGAGGAGGAGUUGGAGACGGAGUUGGUUGAAUAUGCCCCGUAGGAGGAAACGAAAAAGAAAAGCUUGCGAUAAACAAGACAUGCAGGUAAUGCCGGCGGCACCAGUGGACUUGUUGCCAGACGAGAUGCUGCUAGAGAUCCUAUCACGGCUGUCGGUGGACGAGUUACUGGGUGCUGCCUCUCGCGUCUGCUCCCGCUGGGAGCGGCUGUGCCUGGAGGUAGCCGUGUGGCGUCGCUCUAGUGGUGGUCUCUGCUACCACGGCACCUCUGACUGGCCGUCCCCUGCAAAGGCGCCCAGGCCCACCAUCUGCAUACAUGCCCGCGAUGAUGUCGGCCGUGUUCUUGGGGAGGUUUGGCUGCGUCGUGGAUGUGUUGCUUUGAGAAGACUUAUGCUACACAUGUGCAGACUGGGUGAUGCAGGGCGUCUUCUUCAAAUGACAGCCAAGGCUUUUCCAAGUAUACAAGAACUCAGCUUACAAGAAUGCACGCCACUCAGCAUACCUGACUACUGUUUACUUGCUGGCUUUACUGAACUACAGGCCCUCAACUUGUCACGUUGUAAGGGCAUGGGUGAAGAGGCUAUAUGCACAAUAGCCAGCAGAUGUACGCAGUUAAGGGAGCUCCGACUUGACUGGACAGAUGGCUUAAGGGAUGAUGACGUCAAAUUUAUUGUACAAAAACUUGGCCACCAGUUACAAGUGCUUACUCUAGGUGGCAGACUUCUGACAAAUGAAGGCUACAAAGUUAUUGCAGAUUGCAAAAGAUUGCAGGAACUAGGGCUGGCACCAUGUCAGGGCCUAGGAGAUGCUGGUCUCGCAGAAUGUUUGGUACCACUGACAAGUUUGAGUGCUCUGGAACUGGCAGACCCUUCACAGCUUACUCGUAAUGGGCUGCUACACUUCCUCAGUUUUUCCACAUACUUGGAGAAUCUUACUGCUCUUAAACUGGCAUGGUGUGAAGCUCUCACUGAUGCUGGGUUAGAAAUCAUUGCAAAAAGGUGUGCGGGUCUAAGGAGAUUGUCUGUAAUACACUGCCCUCAUAUCUCAGAUCGAGGUGUGUCUCGAAUAAUCGAGCACUGUCAUCAUAUACAGAUUAUGAGUCUUAUCUGGAAUGAUGGCCUUUCAGGUCGUGAUUUUUUGCCGCUCUUGGUCUCCAGUCUACCAAAGCUGCGACGGCUGGACCUGGGGUACUGUGACAGUAUUACUCGUGAACACAUAGAUGAACUUAUGUCUCACAGAAAGGGCAUUGCAGUUGUGCGGCCCGAAGUGUGGUGCCGUCCACGCAGUAGUCCACAUGUUUGCUGUGCCCCUUGGGAUCAAGUUGCUUAAUUAUAGUUUUGCAGACACAUGAACUGUUUUGUUCUGAUUUCUGGAAAUUUCCAAAUGAUUUGUAAGGGAAAAAAAAAAAAAAUAUAUUGACAUGAAAAAUUUAUUUAUGUA